CCUAUCAAGUUCAACGAAUGAUAGUAUUCAAAAGGAAUUCUGUCAUGUGGUUGGAGAUGCAUUGACUUUUGCUUUACAUCAUAAUGCAACAACAACUAUGCCAACAAAGGAAUGGACAUAG